UUAGAUCUCCUGUUCUGUAAUUUUCUACACGAAAGCAUGGGUAACCUUGGAGUUUGAUAGAUGACCUCUGACUUGCUCAACUAACAAGUCCUAUGAUUAGUGUUUGCACAGUUAUUUUUCUUCUAAACCAUGUCCUGGUCUUUCACUGUUUGUUUUUCCUGUGUGCUUCAUUUUGAAUGGGCUGAUAUCACCGCAUGCAGUUACGGUACCUCAGGAGUUCUUGCCAGCACCAAUACAAGAAGCAGGAUACUGUCGCUCUCUUCGGAACUUCUAGCAGCGAACAAAUAUCCACCCCCAAUGUAAAAAGACUAUCGUCUGCUGGGAACCCUGAGGGUUGUUGCUGGAGGACAAUGGGGACCACUGUAGUGCAUUCAUGUUACUUGGAAACACAGUAAAUGUACUGGAGAAAGUGGAUGGAAAUUAUCUUUCAUUACUUUUGGAUCACAGCUAAAUUGAGAAGAUGAAGCAGCCAAAUUUCCACAAGUUCAGCGCAUACUGAGUUUAUUCUACUUGGGAGCUAUCCUAGCAAAUACUCUAUGAAUUUUGCCAGCAAGAGCCGAAGAAGUUGAUUCUGCUGUGCAUAGGAUGAAGAACAGCUCAGGCAGCAUGCUGGACCUCAGCUUCCUAACCGAAGAGGAGUAUGAGAAGCUGAUGAAGGUCCUGCAGAGGGAUGCAGACUUGCAGAAGAAAGACACUGACCGCAUCAGACGUGUUCAGGGGUCUAUCAAGGAUGAAAAGAAGAAAAAGUUUGUAACUGGAGAGUGGUUUCACAAUGUCAAGUCUCACAGAUUCCAAGAGGAUCUACAAGGCUCAGAUCUACUUCGGGCAUCAAUAAGAAAGAAGAAGAGUCCACCUCAGAAUUCCAAAAAUGGAAGCGGAAAUAUUAGCAAAGAGGAGAUAUGGAACGUGGCUGCAUGUGCAGAGCCUGUUGCUCAAGGACCUCAAAGUCCCACAGAUGGAAAAUGUAAACCAGAAAUGGAGUCCCAGCUAACGAUAGAUUCAUUCCUUGAGCAUCUGCCAUCAGCCCAGUAUGUACCAGAAAAGAAAAGAUUGAGCAAUGAUAUCCCAGCAGCAGAUAGCAUACAUGAUGUUACCUUUCCCUCUACUGCCGAUGCAGGAUUCCCAGAUGAGCAAGGGCAACAUUUGCCAGAUUUAACAGAGCGAGUACCCCAAAAUUCCACAUCAAAACCUAUUCCAUUAAGCAGAAAAACAUCUGUCCCAGUGAAAAGCCCAAAUGAAGACGCUAGCAGUCCAAGUAAAAUACCUGUGAAAAGAAAAAUUAGGGAAGCAUUUAACCCAGAAGCCUCUCUACAAUUGGAUCAGUCUGGUGCUGUACCAGGGCACUCGGCAUUGUCCUCCCCAGAUGGAGAGACCAAUAAAAAUGUCAAAACCAAUGCAAACUUUGAAGUACAUUCACUCAAAGAGAUGGAAGCAGAACAAGAGCAAAUUCUAGAUAAGGCACAGUUUAUGUCACUAAAGAAGUUUUGGGAGAAGAGCGCUGAAAGCUCUGGAAAUGCACAUAGCCAUGCAGAGCAAGAAGUCUCGGAUAUGAGAAGUUUUCAGCAACCACCUGCAAAGCCAUCUCGUUCAAUUCCCAUCCCAUCUAGUAUAAAAUCUAAUAAUGGAGAAAGGUCAAAUCCUGAGUAUACACACAGAAUAAAACAUUUACCACAAAGGAUACCACUUGCCUCGUCUAGUGAAGAUGAAAUGGUCCAUGUGCCUCCACCCCGAAAAAGUUCAUCUUUUUUACCAAGGUCAACCUAUGCCAAAAGCAAGGGUUCUUCCCCAUCAAAAAGCUUCUCAUCAGAAAGCAAUGGAGUAAUAUCACACAGCGAGGACAGCAGUGGAACCAGUCGUUCUUCUAAGAAGUCAAAGCUUCCAGUUAGAGCCUCACAAGCUGUUAAAGAACCUAAAGGAGAUCCCAAUGCAGCUGAAGAUAAGCUACCAAAUGUUUCUGAGCCAGCGAUACCAGGUUUGCUUGAAGAUGUCAUUGUGCCAGAAACCAAGCCAAAGGUACAGGAAUCGCUCUAUAGUAAGGUCCAGAUUCUAAUUGACACUGUGUCCUCAGAUGAAGAACAUGGUAGAACAGAAGCUAAGCCCAAAAAUGAAGAUACAAUGGUACACACAUCACAGGAACCAGAAAAUGACAGGAACGUUGAUGAUUAUCCCACAGAAGUUUCUGCAUCUAAAUCAAGUAACGUUAGCAACGCCAGAAGUAUGGUGAACAUUUAUACAACGACAGAAACAUAUAACAAACCCAACACAUUAAGCCAUCAGCUUCUGGAACCUGAACGAGCUAAAGAGCUGAGCAGAUCCACUCCAGCGCUGCACUCUGAGACAGAGUCGGACACUGCAUCGGAAAUUAGCUUCAAACUCAAAAGACACAGAAAGACACAGAGUAAUGGCAGCAACUCCUCUGAUAUGGCAUCCGUCUCUUCUGUCAGUAACAGUGUCCUCAGUGUGUACAGUGGAGAUUUCGGCAGUGUAGAUGCACAAGGAUCCGUUCAGUUUUCCCUAGACUAUGAUGAAAAGAAUCGGGAGUUCCACAUCUACGUGUCUCAGUGCCAGGACCUGGCAGUUGUGGAUGAGAAGAAAGGACGAUCAGACCCCUAUGUCAAGACCUACCUUCUCCCAGACAAAGCAAGAAUGGGAAAGCGGAAAACCUCAGUGAAAAGGAGGACCACCAACCCAAUUUACAAUGAAGUAUUAAGGUACAAAAUUGAAAAAAUGGUUUUACUGAUCCAGAAAUUGAAUCUGUCUGUGUGGCACAAUGACCCACUUGGCAGGAACAGCUUCCUGGGAGAACUGGAGAUUGACCUCACCAGCUGGGAUUGGAGUAACACAAAGCCCAACUGGUACAUCUUAAAACCAAGGAGUCUGUCUGCAAUGAAUGGGGUUGACCAUCUUGGAGUGAUGAACUUGUCAAUUAAAUACAUUCCUCCUGGAAGUCUUGGUCCAAAACAUCCAUCUUCAGGAGAAGUCCACAUCUGGGUGAAAGAUACUAAAGAUUUACCUCAGCUUCGUCCUUCUGGGGUAGAUUCCUUUGUUAAAUGUUACGUAUUACCUGACACAAGCAAGAAGAGUUACCAGAAGACUCGGGUCGUCAAGAAGGAUUCAAACCCAGUGUUCAACCACACCAUUGUCUAUGAUGGCUUCCACACUGAAGACCUUAAAGAUGCUUGUGUUGAGCUAACCGUUUGGGAUCACGAGAAGCUCAGCAAUCAUUUCCUUGGUGGGAUCAGGCUUGGGCUCGGUACAGGUUAUAGUUAUGGUAUUGCUGUGGACUGGAUGGACUCUACACAAGAAGAAGUGGCUUUUUGGCAAGAAAUGAUGCUAACACCAAAUGAAUGGAUGGAAGGAUCGCUUCCCUUGAGAUCAUUAGCUGGAAGAAGGAAAUUCAAAUAAAUUGAAUUGCUGACUCCAGUUCUUACUAUGUAUAAUCAAAUAUACUUUAGGAACUCAAUGAAGAUCGGAAAACUCACUGGAAAGUUUUUUGUUUGUUUGCCUGGUACAACUUUAUUUGUUUUCUCCACUGCUGGACAGUUUGUCUUGUGGAAAAAAAUGUUUUAAUGCCAAAGCACUUUAUUUUGGAUGUACUUCAAAGCUGCCCCUGAGGGUAAGAAAAUUGGCAGCACCAUUUAUUUUUCUAAUUGCCAUUCUCAAGGAGACAAAGAACACAAAGAGUUUGCUUCAAUGGUCAUAUUAAGUCUUGAAGGUCUAAAUAGAAGAACUUUGUACAUAUUUAGGCAUGAAAACCUGAAAAUUUACUAUAGACAACAAACGAUUGGAGAACUUGAUUUGGAUAUGGGGUCAAGAAUGGUGUAAUAUAUAAGCAAUGCCAGUCAAUGAAGUCAUGGUACUGUCCCUGUGAGUGAGGGCUAGCAUUGCUUUGGACUGUGUGCUAAAAUAGAAGCUUUCCCAUCUGUCCUAAUGACAAAUCAUACAUGUAAAAGUAAACGCAUUUACAUUUCUCAAAUGUCAUCAGCCACUGCCAUUGAUUUUAAAAUACAACCUCUUUGGGGAAAAAGUGAAAAAAAAAUUGAGUCUUUGGAUUUAAAAUGAAAUAUGUUGGACAUGAAAUAAAAUCUCUGUUUGCAGAGGAGCUUUAGUGUU